AUGCGUGGUGCAGACAUUAUCCCGAGUACAUGCAUCCUUCCUGACCAACUGCUUGCCAAGAGAGAGAAGUUAAAGAAAGUGCGCCAUCAGCUCACCGCAGAUGCCAUUACUAGUAUUUUAAAUGGACAAGUGCUGGAGCCCGAGUCACUUACUAAACCAGAAACAAUUAAACAUUUGGCUGCAUUUCAACCUCAACAUUUUGAAAUUCAUGGCAUGAUGCACGAUCAACUCGUUCAAUAUUCGAAACUCAUGGGAUUUUCUACUUGGAGACCUUCAUGGAUGCUAAAAUCUAAGCUCAAAAAGCAUUUUCAAUUUCUUAAAGAGGAUGACAUGUUGUUAAAGUCUGAAGGUUUAGAAGGCUUGUCCAUGGAGGAAUUGCAGCUGGCAUGUGAGGACCGAGGCAUUGUGUCUGUUGGGCUUGAGCGGGCAAAUCUUGCUGAUAAGCUGUACAAAUGGAUUGAUUUGCACACCACUCCAGAUCCACACAUCCAACCGGGUUUGAUGAUGCUUUACUCGACUGUUAAUCCUCAUUUUGACAAAACAUCAUCACAACUAUCAGCAAAUGAAACCCAGUAA